UGAAGCUGACGAAGAGCCAGGGUGUGGUGGAUCAGUGGUUUUGCCUGGUCAGUACUCUACUCUGGCCGAACCGGCAGUGUCAACACAGCCUGCUACAGCGUUCUCUCGCACAAGGCCCACACACCAAUCACUCUUGCUCUCUCACACCCAAUCACUCACGCCCUCACACACCCAGGAGGCCGGCCUGUUGGAGGAAAGGAGAGAGGAGGAAAGGGUAUAAAGAGAGGAGAAUGGAGGAGAGAAGAGAGGAGGAAAGGGAGGAGAGGAGAGUGGAGGAGAGGAGGAGAGGAGGAAAGGGAGGAUAGGAGAGUGGAGGAGAGGAGAGAGGAGGAAAGGGAGGAGGAGAGGAGAGUGAUGAAGCCGUCAGUACGUCGGAUCCGAGCCCAGAGAGGACAGGGUAUCUCUUCUCUGAUGGCCUCUCUCACCCCGACCCUCACCCCUAACCCCUCCCUCACGCCUUACCUCAGCCUCACCCCCUCCUCUUCCAUGGGCAGUGUCUCCCUGGGGGGUGAAGAUGGAGGAGAGGGGUUCCACAGCCUCCCCUGUCAGGAUGUCCUGUCCUCCCUGAGCUCUGAGAGCAGCUGCCUCAGCACCCCCUACAGGACAUUCUGCAGCAUGGCAUCCUGCUCUAUGGAUCAUGAAUUCCUGAGCCAGUCAGGGGAGGGUCGGAGCAGAAUAUUCCCAAGUCAGAGCAUCUUACUGGGGGAGGACUGGAGCUACGAGCCCCUCUUACCCUCCAGCCGCUCCUCCCCCCUUCAUCCUUUCACCUCCAUUUCCUCCUCUUGUCAGACCGACUAUAGCUGCUCCGAGUCCCACGGCCACGACCACGCUACCGGCAGCAACCGCAGUCCCCACGGUAACCGGGACCACCGCGGUCUCCAUGGAAACAGCCGUAACCUGUCAGGCAGUAUCUCUCUGAGGAAGUCAAAGAGGCCUCCCGCUCCCCCCACGCGCUCUACCUCACUACGGUUUAAACCUGGCCGGGGGAAAACGCUGUGCUACAACUACAACAACCACACUGCUGGACCUGGAGAGGUGGUCACGAAGGGGAGUCUGACCUCCAGCCCUGCUCCCCUCUCCCCUCCACUCUCUCCAGGGGUGUUCGAGGACCCAUGGGUCCCCCGCUGUAGCAGUGUGGGCAGUGGGGGCAGGGCAGGUGGGGAAACAGACAGUCAGAUCAACCAUGUCCCUCCCUUCCACAGCUUCCACGAACAGCCUGGUCAGGAUCAAAACUACCCUUCUAGCCCGUGCCACCAGCAGCCUUACCCAUCUGUCCCCCGCUCAGCCAGUGCUGGAGGGGUGAGCCUGCUGGUGGGACCUAAAAUGGCUGCCUCUUCUCCUAAAAUGUCCGCCACGGCAGGGAGACUCCAGCGGCUGGCCUCUUCCACCUCCAGCGGAUACUCCAGCGAGUGCAACACCCCAACCCUCUCCUCACCCCUCACAUCCCCUUCACCCCUCACACCCUCCUCACCCCAAACACACUCCUCACCCCUCAUCUCCUCCUCCUCCCUCCACCUCACCUCCUCUUCCUCCCUUCCCAGGACACGUUCUAGCCCAGGGGGAGGAGGGCCAAGACCCCCCAUCCCAGAGAGAAAGUCCUCUCUCCUCUCCUCCCCCUUCUCCUCCUUUUCCUCUACCUCCUCCCUCUCUUCCUACACCUCCUCCGACUCCAGAUAUCCCUCUCUCCCCCCUCCUCCUCCCCUGCCCGGCUCCAGCAUUCUUCCCUUGCGACAGACUCAACCCCACCCCUUCUUUUCACCUAUUACACCUGCCAGUCAGACAGAAGCUUCCCGUUGCCCUGAAGAAGCCCACGACCAUGCCCCCGCCCUUGCUGAGGACACACCAGACAGACACUCCACCACCACCAUCCCCACCCGUAUUGAUAGGUACACCUCCAGAGCCCUUCGUCCCAGAGACACCACCCUUACUGUGGAUAAACCUAACCCUGUGUACCAGAGUUACCACCAAGCCCCUAUCCUUCAGAACCCUGUGUACCAGAGUUACCACCAAGCCCCUAUCCUUCAGAACCCUGUGUAG